AUGGAAAUCUUGAGAACCGAACAAAGUUUGAAUCUUUGUUUCAAACCACUUAAUAUGUUGGAUCAAUCUGAUUUGAAAGUUUGUUACCUCAAUGCAAGAUCUCUGCAUAAACACAUUGAAGAUGUUCGAAAACACAUUAAUUACUCGUCUAUGGAUAUUGUGAUAUUUACUGAAACAAGGUUUAACUCCUCAGACACUGACGAUAUAUACAACAUUAAUGGCUACAGGUUGUUCAGAAAUGAUGUUUCCCAAGGCACGAGUCCAGGACGUCCAUGCGGUGGAACAGCUGUUUAUAGCCGAGUCCCUUUAAAAGAAGGAUACUCUUAUGCUCACAACGUCAAUGGAAUCGAGUUUACAAUUAUUAAAACAGAAAGUAAUCCGCAUCUGAAUAUAAUUGGAGUAUAUCGUUCACCCAAUAUUGUUAUAUCACGUCUGCUGUCUUCACUACGUAGCGUACUUGAUGAAGAUUCUUCUGCACAAAACAUUAUAAUUGGAGAUUUCAAUGUCAACUGGAUGGUAGAAUCUGAUCGACAGUCACUCUAUAAUUUGAUGGUUGUACAAAAUCAUUACAGGCAACUGAUAAUAGGCUUUACAACCGACAAUAGAACGUUAAUUGAUCAUUUAUACACAAAUUUAAUUGAAAAGGAAAUUGAAGCUGGUAUUCUAGAAACUUACUUUAGUGAUCAUAAAGCAAUAUUGGCUUCUCUUAGGACAUAG